AUGAUCCGCCAGAGAUACCUGCUGGCUCUGCAAUGUUCCCUAGUAGAAGCGGACUGCUGCGGGGCUGAGGAGGAGACCACUCCCUCGCCUCAGCAGUGGGUUCUCGAGGAGAAGCUCACCGAGGAUUUCCAAAAUAUCACCAACCGUGAACUUGAGUCGGGUGGUGGACCUUCCUUCGCCGUGUUCAAGUACCUCUGCUACAGUGCGACAGCUAGUAGCAAGAAGGCAUUCAUGAGAAUUUACUUUUAG